GUCCUUUUUUUUUUAAUCUUUUUUUAUUAAAUUCAAUAAUGGUGAAGGAGACUCACUACUACGAGGUCCUUGGCGUCCAGCCCACCGCGACCGACGACGAGCUCAAGAAGGCUUACAGGAAACUCGCCCUCAAGUACCACCCCGACAAGAACCCGGAUGCCGGCGAGAAGUUCAAGGAACUCAGCCACGCAUACGAAGUCCUGUCCGACUCGAAGAAGCGCGAAAUCUACGACCGGUAUGGCGAGCAGGGCAUCAAGGAAGGCGGCGGCGGUGGCGGCGGCGGCUUCCACUCGGCCGAGGACGUCUUUGCCUCGUUUUUCGGCGGCGGUAUGGGCGGCAUGUUUGGCGGCGGCGGCGGCGGCCGCGGCAGCGCCCAGCGCGAGCGACGAGGGCGCGACAUGGUGCACCCGCUCAAGGUCUCGCUCGAGGACUUGUACAAGGGCAAGGUCAGCAAGCUCGCGCUGAGCAAGGACGUCAACUGCUCGGCUUGCAACGGUCUCGGCGGUAAGGCUGGCUCGGUCCAGUCCUGCCGGUCCUGCAACGGCAACGGUGUGAAGGUGACGCUCCGUCAGAUCGGCCCCGGCAUGGUCCAGCAGAUGCAAUCAGCGUGCGGCGACUGCAAGGGCGCUGGCGAGACCAUCCCAGACAAGGAUCGCUGCAAGCAGUGCUCUGGCAACAAGACGGUCAAGGAGCGUAAGGUGUUGGAGGUGCACGUCGACAAGGGCAUGCGCACAAACCAAAAGAUUACCUUCACUGGCGAGGGCGACCAGUCUCCCGGCGUCACGCCCGGCGAUGUUGUGAUUGUGAUUGACCAGAAGGAGCACGCCACGUUCAAGCGCGACGGCGACGACCUCAUCAUGCUCAUGCAAAUCCAGCUGGUCGAGGCCCUGUGCGGCUUUAAGCGAGUGGUCAAGCACCUCGACGAUCGCGAGGUGCUCGUCAUCUCCAAGCCUGGUCAGGUCAUUGAGGAUUCGAUGGUUAAGAUGAUCCCCAACGAGGGCAUGCCGCACUACAAGAACCCCUUCGAGAAGGGCAACCUCUUUAUCAAGUUCUCCGUCCAGUUCCCCGCUGACGGCUUUGCCACCCCCGAGCAACUCGCCCAGCUCGAGACCAUCUUGCCCGCUCGCCCCAAGCUGCCUGCGUACGACCCCGCAAACGUCGAGGAUGCUGAGCUCCAGCCUUUCGAUCCCGCCAAAUACGAGGGUCGCAAGCAGAGCUCGCGAAGCGCCUACGAGGAAGACGACGAUGACCACCACGGCCACGGCGGACACGGCGGCGGCGUCCAAUGUAAUCAACAGUAAAAAACAAACCAAAAAAUUGCACCCGUCUUGGCCUUCUUUUUUUGCUUUCGCGGGGCGAUUGAACGUUUCGGUUUUGUUUCGUUCGAUUUUCGUUCAACUGUUGUGUACAUUGUUUUGUUUUGCGUCCGUUCUUUCCUUGUCGCUGUUUUUUUGAAUUCAUUGUUGAAAAAAAAAUAAUAUCACAAGACAUUACAACCAAACUGAACACGAG